AAAACAUCCCCCCCCCCCGCAAUAUAUACGAGGACGCCUCGUUCAUAUUUGCGGGGGACGUUUUGGUCGAUCGACCACACGACCCGUUUGGUGUCGAGAGCGAAAGCAAUCGCUACGAUGUGACUGGACCGUGGCGUUCUUUACUCCGCAUCAUCCUUGUCACCGACGUCGACAUCACCUCGGUUGUGGUUCCGUGUAACUUGAACUCAAGAGUCAGAGUCCGGACAUCUGAUCUCACGUAAAGGAUACGAGAAACAAUUUUCCUCUAUCCUUCUUACCCUUUCGUAGACCAGACACUCUCAAGUCUCUGGACUACCUGUUGACGGACUUCCCUCCUCAAGUCUCUUAGAAUACUACUCCGCGACCGACAUCUCAUUAUGGCAAGUAAUACAUCGACCGGCGAACCAACGCUGGCGGUUAACGCGAGACCUACCGUCGACUACGAAGUCAUCAUCAUCGGCGCUGGGUUUGGUGGAGUUCGUAUGAUCUACGACCUCCAGAAACGAGGCAUCACAGCCAGAGUGUUUGAAGCGGGUUCAAACGUCGGUGGAACUUGGUAUUGGAAUCGUUAUCCUGGUGCUAGGACUGAUAGUGAAAGUUGGGUCUACAUCCUCACGUUCCUCGAAGAACUCGGUGUCGAAUGGAGAUGGAAAGAAAGAUUCCCAACACAACCAGAAGUGGAAAAAUAUGUCAACCACCUCGUCGACCAACUCGACCUUCGAAGGCACAUGACGUUCAACACUCGAAUCAAAUCGGCCCACCGUGACGAGACCCAGAACGUCUGGAGAUUGACCACCUCGGACGGUUCGACCUACACUUGUUCGUUUUUGGUCACCGCCACAGGCCCACUGGCGACCCCCCUUGAGCCUCCUUUCCCGGGUCUCGACUCGUUCAACGGAGAGUGGUACCUGACCGGACGGUGGCCCAAACAUAAAAAGGUCGACUUCGCCGGGAAGAGAGUCGCGGUCGUGGGGACUGGUGCCACCGCUGUCCAAGUCAUCCCGAUAGUCGCCCACACGGCAAAGAGCCUGACCGUGUUCCAAAGGACUCCCAAUUUCGUCCUUCCGGCCAGAAACCACCCUCUGACCGACGACCAGGUGGCCGAGCUCCGGCGGGACUGCGAGACCGUCUUCGAAAGAGCCAGAACUUCCUCCUUCGGCAUGGACAUCCCUGACUCUUCCCUCCGCCUCACGGACAUGACGACCCAAGAGGAAGCUCUCCGGGUUCUCGAGUACGGUUGGGAAAUCGGAGGGUUCCGGUUCAUCUUUCAGACUUUCGCCGACAUGUUGACUAAUCAAGAGUGUAACGACUUGGCCGGUGAGUUUGUGCGGAACAAAAUCAGGUCCGUCGUCAGAGACAAAGACACGGCCGAACUUUUGUGUCCUUAUUACCCCAUACUCUCCAAGAGGCCACCGUUGGGACAUUACUAUUACGAGACUUUUAACCGUGACAACGUCAAGUUGGUGGAUGUCAAGGACGAUCCAAUUGCCGAAAUCACUCCUACCGGUAUCAAGAUUUCUUCCGGGUCACGAUACGAAUUCGACAUGAUCAUCUUCGCCGUAGGAUUCGACGCCGUCACCGGCACGUUGGCUCAGAUCGACCUCCGUGGAAGUCAAGGGCAGGACUUGGGGACCCAACUCAACGAACAAAUGGCCACGGCGUACGGCAUCACGGUGGAGAAUUUUCCAAAUUUAUUCAUGAUCUCCGGCCCUCAAGCCCCAUUUGCCAACCUGCCGGUGGUGAUUGACAACACGGCGGACUGGAUAGGUAGGACCAUAUCACACAUGCGCCAACGCGGGUUCACCAAGAUAUCCACAAAGUCCCAAACGGGUCGGGAGUGGAAGGACAAGGUCAACGCUUCUUUCAACGCCACCGUCUUACCUCCCGGGGCGAAAAAGACAAAAUCAUGGUACAUCGGGGCAAACGUCCAGGGGAAACGUGUCGAACCUUUGUUCUGGUUCGGUGGGGUGGCUCCUUACUUCGCAGAGUGUGAGAGGGAACUCGCGGAGGGAUUUCCCGGGUUCGUGCUUUCGGGGGAUGAUGGUAAACAACAAGAGAAUGAUGCUGCUGGCAGAGGAAAUGCAAGAGAGUCGAGGUUGUGAGGAAUAAUACAAGCAAACGAAGAUAAGUCGAGGUUGCUCAAAUUACAUGGUCUGGGUCAUUUUACAUUAAUAUGUGUUUCUUUUUC